AGAGAGCAGCCAGAGAAGGAGAAGGAGGUGUGGUUAGGGAGGAGAAGGGUUAGGAGGAGGCGGGGGGAUGGAAUAGGAGAAGGGGCAGGAAGAGGAGGGACAGAGGCGGAUCAAGGCUGAGCAGCAGGAAGCACGCGGUGGAGCCCUCCGUGCAUUCGCAACCCCCACCUGUGGGAUCAUCGCCCCGCAUCGCGCAGGAUUUCCCUUUGCCAACCCCAGGGAGGCUGUGAAAAAGAGGAAGAUGCCCCAGGACACUGAGGCAGGUGAGGAGGAAGUCAGUGCCCCUUCCUUCCUCUCUCCUGCUCCAUCUCCCAGCCCAGCACAGCAGAACCUCGUGGCAGAGGCUGUUUUGAGCAGCUCCACGGCGCAGGAACCCAACGGGGAGGAAAAGCCUCGGAGAUGCCGCACGAGGAGGGGCUGCAAACGCAGAUGGCGGGGAUGUGAGGGGGAAAGAGCCAGCCUGGGCCGGGAAGGCGGCCGGAGAUUGAGCCAGCGCUCGGAGCUGGUGGUCCAUGAUGAGGUUCCUGAUGGGGAGAAGCCCCACACGUGCGAGGAGUGUGGGAAGAGGUUCAGGUGGAGCUCCAAGCUGAUCAUCCACCAGAGGAGCCACACUGGGGAACGACCCUACGAGUGUGGGGAGUGUGGGAAGAGCUUCACCUGCAGCUUCAGCCUGAUCAGGCACCAGGUUGUCCACACUGGGGAAUUGCCCCAUGAGUGUGGGGAAUGUGGGAAGAGCUUUAGGUGUAGCUCCAACCUGAUCCAGCACCAAGUGAUCCACACUGGGGAACGGCCCUACAAGUGUGGGGUAUGUGGGAAGAGCUUCAGCAGGAGCUCCAACCUGAUCAGGCACCACAGGACUCACACUGGGGAACGGCCCUACGAGUGUGAUCAGUGCAGGAAGAGGUUUCAGACCAGCUCUGAUCUCCUCAAGCACCUGCGCACGCACACAGAGGAGAGGCCCUUCCGCUGCCCCGACUGCGGGCAGGGCUUCAGGCGGAACUCCCAUCUUGUCAGGCACCGACGCAUCCACACUGGGGAGAGGCCCCACGAGUGUGAGGAAUGUGGGAAGAGCUUCAGGCACAGCUCCACCCUGAUCCAGCACCAGAGGAUCCACACUGGGGAACGGCCCUACGAGUGUGGGGAGUGUGGGAAGAGCUUCAGACAUCGCGCCAAUCUGAUUUUGCACAAAAAGAUCCACACUGGAGAGAGGCCCUACGAGUGUUCUGAGUGUGGGAAAGGGUUUCGGAUUAGCUCUGAUCUCCUGCAGCACUAUCGGAUUCACACAGAGGAGAGGCCCUUCUGCUGCCCCGACUGUGGGAAGGGAUUCAGGCACAACUCCACCCUCAUCAGGCACCGGCGCAUCCACACGGGGGAGAGGCCCUACGAGUGUCCCCAGUGUGGACAGAGCUUUAGCCAGAGCUCAGAGCUGGUGGUCUGUGAGAAGCUUCAUGAUGGGGAGCAGCCCUACAAGUGCUUGGAGUGUGGGAAGAGCUUCAGGCAGAGCAGCAGCCUGAUCCACCACCAGAUGAUCCACACUGGGGAAUGGGCCUACGAGUGUGGGGAAUGUGGGAAGGGCUUCAGCUACAGAUCCACCCUUGUGACCCACCAACGCAUCCACACUGGGGAGAAGCCCUAUGAGUGUCCUGAGUGCCAGAAGAGGUUUCAGAUCAGCUCAGAUCUCCUCAGACACCAGCGGAUUCACACCGAUGAGAGGCCCUUCUGCUGCCCAGAUUGUGGGAAGGGCUUCAAGCGCAAUUCCCACCUCAUCACCCACCAGCGCAUCCACACUGGGGAGAGGCCCUACGAGUGCUGCACGUGUCAGAAGAGGUUUCAGACCAGCUCAAAUCUCCACCUGCAUGAGCGGAUUCACAAUGAGGAGAGGUCCUUCCGCUGCCCCGACUGUGGGAAGGGCUUCAAGCACAACUUCACCCUCGUCAGGCACCAGCGCAUCCACACUGGGGAGAGGCCGUAUGAGUGCGCCACAUGUGGGAAGGGAUUCACCCAGAGCUCUGACUUGACCAGACACCAACGGAAGCACCAGGGGGAAAGACCCACCCUGUGCCAGGAAAAUGGACAGAGCUUCAGGCAGGGAUCGGAGCUGGUGGUCCAUAAGCAGCUUCAUGAUGGGGAGAAGCCCUACAAGUGCUUGGAGUGUGGGAAGAGCUUCAGAUGGAGCAGCACCCUGAUCUGCCAUCAGAUGAUCCACACUGGGGAAUGGCCCUACGAGUCUGGGGAGUGUGGGAAGGGCUUCAGCUACAGAUCCACCCUUGUGACCCACCAACGCAUCCACACUGGGGAGAGGCCCUAUGAGUGUCCUGAGUGUCAGAAGAGAUUUCAGACCCGCUCCAAUCUCCUCAGGCACCAAAGGAUUCACACCGAUGAGAGGCCCUUCCUCUGCCCUGACUGCGGGAAGGGCUUCAAGCGCAAUUCCCACCUCGUCACCCACCGUCGCAUCCACACUGGGGAGAGGCCCUACGAGUGCUGCACGUGUCAGAAGAGGUUUCAGACCAGCUCAAAUCUCCGCCUGCAUGAGCGCAUUCAUACAGAGGAGAGGCACUUCUGCUGCCCUGACUGUGGGAAGGGCUUCAAGAACAACUUCACCCUCGUCAGGCACCAGCACAUCCACACUGGGGAGAGGCCCUACGAGUGUCCCCAGUGUGGGAAGAGCUUCACCCAGAGCUCUCACUUGACCAGACACCAAUGGAGUCACUGGUAA